GGCAGGGGGAAGACCGCCACCAUCCUGCACGGCGUCAGCGGCAGCGCGCGCCCCGGCGAGGUGCUAGCCAUCAUGGGCCCCUCUGGUUGCGGCAAGACUACACUGCUCGACACCUUGGCCGGUAAUUUUUAUUUACACGUAACUGCUCCUUCCAUACCUGUCUUUUGAAACUGGAUUCGGAAAAGAUUAUUUCUUUUGAAACUACUUUUUGUUGUGAUCAUCAUUCACAACGUAACUGUUCCUUCCAUGCAUGCUGUUAGCAUGUCUCACUACCGUGACUGCAAAAUGAGCCACCACAGAAUGUCCAUGGCAAUCAAGGUCGUCACAAAAUCUCCAUUUCUACUUUUUCCAAACAGUUUUUGAAGCGCUUUCUACUAUUUCGUCACCACAUCCAUUUCUCCUGUCUAAGAAGAUGCAUGGCAAACAUGUGUACACCUAACUGACUGAGGGUUAAAUGAUUUUCUAGACGUACUUGCAUGCUGUUCAGCGAACUACAAGGGAAAAAAGUGUAGUGUUCGGUGUGGAACAUACUCCCUCCAUACUCAAAACAAUUGACGUUUAUGACAGCGAUACGGUCUCCAAAACACAACUUUAACUUCUUAUUUCUCUAAAAAUAUUUAUCAAAAAGUGAUAUAUGUAUACUUUCAUAAAAGUAUUUUUGAAGACAAAUUUAUUUAUAUAAUUUUUACAUUUUCAAACUCAACAACUUGAGAGUUUAUUCAUGAUUUAUAUUUUCAAGAUUUGACUCAAAUCUUGUCCAAAACGUCAAUUAUUUUGGGUAUGGAGGGAGUAAGCCCGGCGCCCUGCUGCCAUCCUUUCGUCCAUAUGUUCCUGCACCUAGAAAAAGGAUACGUGGAUCCAUGUCUUCCUAGAGGGAGACUAAACACGAACCUGAGGAGUAAAGGAGAUAUUCUCAUCAACGGCCGGCGACAGAAACUCGCCUUCGGAACCUCGGCGUACGUGACGCAAGAGAACGUGUUGAUGGCCACCCUGACGGUGCGCGAGGCAAUCUACUACUCGGCGCAGAUCCAGCUGCCGGACACCAUGCCGGUCGCCGAGAAGCUCGCCCGCGCCGGCGACACGAUCCAGGAGAUGGGGCUCGCCGGCGCACUGGACACGCGCAUCGGCGGGCGCCAGACCAAGGGCAUCAGCGGCGGGCAGAGGAAGCGCCUCAGCAUCUGCCUCGAGAUCCUCACGCGCCCGCGGCUGCUCUUCCUGGACGAGCCCACCAGCGGGCUCGACAGCGCCGCCUCGUACCACGUGAUGAGCCGCAUCGCCGGCCUCGCCGCCAGGGAGGGGAUGACCAUCGUCGCCGUCGUGCACCAGCCGUGCAGCGAGGUGUUCGAGCUCUUCCAUGGCCUCUGCUUGCUCGCCUCCGGCCAGACCAUCUACUUUGGCCCGGCCGCCAACGCCGCUGAGUUCUUCACGUCAAACGGCUACCCUUGCCCACCAAUGAGAAAUCCUUCAGAUCAUUUCUUGAGGACAAUCAACAGAGACUUUGAAUUGGAAAGUGAAGCAACAAGAACAGUAUCCAAGCCAUCUGCAGCAGAUGAAGCAAUAGAAACUUUGGUGAAUGCCUACAAAUCCUCCAAUACUUCAGAAAAUGCCAAAAAGGAAAUGCAUGACAUAAAUGAAAUGGGCGGAGUGAUGCUCAGAAGAAAACAAGCCACUUUCCUUACCAAGGUGCUUGUACUCACUAGAAGAUCGUUUGUGAACAUGUACCGAGACGUUGGAUACUACUGGUUGCGACUUGGAAUCUAUAUUUCCAUUAGUUUAUGCCUUGGUACCAUAUACUGCAAUUUUGGCUAUGGAUACGAUUCUAUUCGUUCUAGAUCAUCAAUGCUAAUGUUCACCGGUGGACUUCUAACCUUGAUGGCAAUUGGAGGAUUCCCUUCCUUUGUGGAGGAAAUGAAGAUAUUUAGGAGAGAGAGGCUAAAUGGACACUACGGUGUUUCAGCAUUUGUGAUCUCCAAUUGGUUGUCAGCCACACCAUAUCUCGUACUCAUCGCUGUAUUACCUGGCGCAAUAGCUUACUAUCUGUCUGGUCUAAAGAGACGAGUAGACCAUUUCAUGUACUUUACGCUUGUGCUUUGUUCAUGCACAAUGCUUGUUGAAGGCCUUAUGAUGAUCGUAGCUGCUAUCGUGCCAGAUUUUCUUAUGGGCAUCAUCACAGGUGCAGGGAUACAAGGUAUCAUGAUGCUCAACUGUGGAUUCUUCCAACUACCUAGUAAACUGCCAAAAAUAGUAUGGAAAUACCCAAUGUUCUACAUUUCUUUCCACAAGUAUGUACUCCAAGGAUUUUACAAGAAUGAGUUCUUGGGUUUGGUGCUUGAAAAUAACCCAGGAGUUGGAGAUAAAACAAUAACUGGGGAGCAAGUUAUCAGUAUAUUAUUUGAAACAGAAAUGGGGCACUCAAAAUGGGCGGACUUUGCAGUGUUAUGUGGAAUGAUUGUAGCAUAUAGGCUGCUCUUUGUAAUGAUUAUUAAGGUUGUCGACAUGCUAACGCCCAUGUUUAAGGGUGAAACAUUUAGGUGCCACUCUCAAUGCAAGUAAUGUAUGAUA